AUGGCUUUACAGAAUCUCACUUUGUAUUUUAAUACUUUUUUUGUUGGGUUCUCUAUCGUCGUCCCUAUCGAUGCUAUGGCACAGGCUUCUAAAUCACAAAACGAUGCUUUAAAUACUUUUAUAGUAGUUGGUGCUUUUGUUGUAUUUGGCGUUUUGUGUAUCACUAUUACUGUUGGAAGGAUAUUUGUACAGCGAAGCUGUAUGCAAGAUAUACCGAAGAGAUAUAUCCCUUUGGUUUCCGAGGACAUGCCUCAUAAGGGAAGUAGAAAUCUCAUAUUAAAACAAAUGAGUAGGUCCCAGAAGUUGAGCAAUCUUUUCCAGAAGCCUAAAGAUCAUGUUAUCCAUGAUGGUGUUGCUCCUCCGAUUUAUGCACAUGAUGUGGACGGGGAAGUAGACACCACAGAAGUUUUACCUGCUUAUUUGAAUUACGAAGAAAGCAUUAAGAUCAUCACCAGCCGUUUGAAGUAUCAAGGUGUUUUCACAAAUAUAAUGACACUGGACCUGGAAAGAGAUGACACGUUUGCUGAGAUUGUACAUUCUUUGUUUGGAAAUAAUAAAAAAUGUGGGGAGGAGAUCGAAGAAUACAUCGAUCUUUACGAGACAAUUCGUUUUUCUGGUAAAGAGAUUAGUCAGGAACAAUUUCUACGUUUUAUGGAUCUUUCACUAUACUUCGUUGAUAUUAUACUAACCACCAAUAAUGAUAAUAAGAAAGUUGCGUCGGGGUAUAGAAGAAAAUCCAACCACGCAACCCAUUUGAGCGUCUCCUCAUCUUUAGAAAAUGGCCAAAAUAGCAAGCUGACGAUUUCACCCGUUAAUACAGACGAUUAUUUCGACACAGAUAGUGCGUCGCAAUCGGAUUCGGAUACUACUGAAAGAUCUAACAUGCAUGAAGAGGCGCCCACCGAAAUGAAUCGAUUAAGAAAAGUAAACACGAGCGAAACGGUGGCUCGGAGAGUAGCAUCGAAUUGUGGACUGCAGGGACCUUUCAACUACGAUUUAGAUGAAAGUCAAGAACCACCAGAGAGUCAAAAGGACUUCAAUAGGUGUCGCAACAUUCUUUCUAAAAUGGAAAGUUACAAAUCCGUAGUACAACAGUCCCCAUCGUAA